AUGCUGGAUACACCCUUCGUUGUUCGGUUGCUGGCCACGUACAGUGGCAGAGAGCAUGUGUACUUCCUGCUCGAGGCCGCGCUCGGCGGAGAGCUCUUCACCACCUACGAGCGGCUCAAACUCUAUGGCUCCGAAGCCCACGCUCGGUUUUACGUCGCUUGCGUCACGGAGGCAUUGGCCCACCUUCAUCAGAAGAAUGUGAUCUACCGGGACCUGAAGCCCGAGAAUCUGUUGCUGGAUGUACGAGGCUUCUGCAAGGUGACUGACAUGGGGCUCGCAAAGAUCACGACCAGCCCCACCUUCACGAUGGUUGGCACUCCUGACUACAUGGCUCCAGAGGUCAUCGAACAAAGCGGCCACACCAAAUCUGUGGAUUGGUGGACGCUCGGGGUGCUCCUGUACGAGCUUCUGGCAGGACAUGCACCUUUCGAGUCCAAAUCCGGCAAUGCCCAGGAGACCUACAGCCUGGUGAAGAAGGGCAUCGAGUCGGUAAGGUUUCCGGAAGCAGUCAAAAACGAAGCCGGCCAGCUGGUGCGACAUUUGUGCCACAGGACUCCGGACGUGCGUUUGCGCACACCGACUCUGCGGGAGCACAGCUUCUUCCGCGGGUUUGACUGGAAAGGACUCCAGAGCCUUCGAAUGACUCCUCCGCUGGUUCCACAGGUCCGAGGGCCACGCGACCUCACCAACUUCCGUGACUGCGAGCACGAAGACCCACAAGCCAUGCCAUACCAGGACAGGUUGCCACAUGUCACCAGAAUUGCUGCUUGA